CGGGAAACGAAAGUGUUUGCCCGCCACUCUCAAUUUACGAAAGCCUCCCCAAAACCCUACAUCGCAUUUGUUCUCAGUCCUCCGUUCUCUUCACCUCACUCCGUAAACAUUUUCUCUACCUUUUCUUUUCCGCCAAAUUUUCAAUUUUCAUUUUCAUUUUCCAUAGCCACAACCAAAAGAGGGUUUCAAUUUCAUUCCCGAAUCCAGGCUAAGCUUCUAUCCCUAUGAUGUCGUGGGAAGACGAGAUUGUGAUGCGCGAUGUCACGAAUGCGGGGCUUGUUGUCAGUGAUCGCAUUGGUCGGGAAGUUUCCUCUCAGCUCGACCUCGAAGAAGCUCUAGAAGCUUCCAGAUACACCAGCCACCCUUAUUCCACUCACCCCCGAGAGUGGCCCCCUUCCGUUGAGGUAGUGAAUACCUGGGAGUUGCCCCCUGUGCUCAUUGAAAGAUACAAUGCAGCUGGUGGGGAAGGAACUGCUUUUUGUGGAAUAUUUCCAGAAAUAAGGAGGGCGUGGGCGUCUGUGGACAAUUCAUUGUUUCUUUGGCGUUUUGACAAGUGGGAUGGCCAAUGUCCUGAAUUUAGUGGGGAGGAGCAAGCCAUUUGUGCGGUUGGUCUUGCAAAAUCAAAGCCUGGUGUUUUUGUUGAAGCUAUCCAGUAUGUUUUAGUUUUGGCAACACCUGUUGAGUUAAUUUUAGUUGGAGUUUGUUGCUCUGGAGGAGCAGAUGGUUCAGAUCCGUUUGCGGAAGUUACAUUGCAGCCUUUGCCAGAGCAUACAAUAUCAUCUGACGGGGUUACAAUGACUUGUGUAGCAUGUACUGACAAAGGUCGUAUUUUUCUUGCUGGUCGGGAUGGCCACAUAUAUGAGGUUCUUUACUCAACUGGCUCUGGAUGGCAAAAGCGCUGCCGAAAAAUCUGCAUGACUGCUGGUUUUGGAAGUGUCAUUUCAAGAUGGGUUAUACCAAAUGUAUUUAAUUUUGGAGCUGUUGAUGCUAUUGUUGAAAUGGUUUUUGACAAUGAGAGACAAAUAUUAUAUGCACGGACUGAAGAGAUGAAGAUUCAAGUUUAUGUUAUAGGACCAAAUGGUGAUGGGCCGUUAAAGAAAGUAGCUGAAGAAAAGAAUCUUGUCAAUCAGAGGGAUGCACAUUAUGGAGCUAGACAAUCAACUGGAUCAAGAGUCUCAAGUCGAUCUCCAAAGCCAUCUAUCAUAUGCAUCUCACCUUUAUCUACUCUUGAAUCAAAGUGGCUGCAUCUGGUUGCUCUUUUAUCAGAUGGUAGAAGGAUGUACCUAUCUACCUCUCCUUCUAGUGGAAGCUUGACUGGAUUUAACACCAAUCAUCACAAGCCUAGCUGUUUAAAGGUUGUCACUACAAGGCCUGCUCCUCCUUGGGGUGUUAGUGGAGGUUUAACCUUUGGGGCAAUGGCUCUUGCUGGUAGACCCCAGAAUGAGGAUCUCUCCCUAAAAAUUGAGGCAUCUUAUUAUUCUGCUGGAACUCUUAUCCUCUCUGAUGCGUCAUCUUCAACCAUGCCAUCACUUCUUGUUUUGAGCAGGGAUUCAAGCACACAGUCAUUACCAUCAGGUAAUUUAGGAACAAGUACCAGGAGUUCCCGGGCAUUACGAGAGUCUGUAUCUUCUUUACCAGUUGAAGGACGAAUGCUUUCAGUGGCAGAUGUUUUACCUUCACCGGAUACUGCAGCUACUGUGCAGUCUCUGUAUUCAGAAAUUGAGUUUGGUGGUUAUGAGGGCUCUAUUGAAUCAUGUGAAAAGUUGUCUGGCAAACUCUGGGCUAGGGGAGAUCUCUCAACCCAACACAUACUGCCAAGAAGAAGGAUUGUUGUCUUUAGCACCAUGGGCAUGAUGGAAAUUGUUUUUAACAGGCCACUGGACAUUCUAAGGCGGCUAUUGGAAUCGAACACUCCAAGGUCAGUUUUAGAAGAUUUCUUCAAUCGAUUUGGUGCAGGUGAGGCUGCUGCAAUGUGUUUAAUGCUUGCUGCAAGAGUAGUGCAUUCUGAAAACCUUAUAAGCAAUGUUAUUGCUGAGAAGGCAGCUGAAGCUUUUGAGGAUCCAAGGGUUGUUGGCAUGCCACAACUUGAAGGUAGUAAUGCAUUAUCAAACACAAGAAGUGCUGCUGGGGGAUUCAGCAUGGGCCAAGUUGUUCAGGAAGCUGAGCCUGUUUUUUCAGCCGCACAUGAGGGGCUCUGUUUGUGUUCAUCUAGAUUACUUUUUCCCCUAUGGGAGCUUCCUGUAAUGGUUGUAAAAGGCAAUUUAGGUCCUUCAGGCACCCUAUCUGAAAAUGGCGUAGUUGUGUGCAGACUCUCUGUUGGGGCUAUGCAAGUCCUUGAACAGAAACUCCGUUCUUUGGAGAAAUUCUUAAGAUCAAGAAGGAACCAGAGAAGGGGACUUUAUGGCUGUGUAGCAGGAUUGGGAGAUCUGAGUGGUUCCAUUCUGUAUGGUAAUGGUUCGACAUUGGCUGCUGAUGAUCGCAAUAUGGUCAGAAAUUUAUUUGGUGCAUAUUCCAGAAAUAUGGAGUCCAAUGGUAGCAGAACAAAUAAUAAAAGGCAAAGGUUGCCUUAUAGUCCUGCUGAAUUAGCUGCCAUGGAGGUGAGAGCAAUGGAGUGCAUUAGGCAGUUGCUCCUUAGAUCUGGCGAAGCCCUAUUUUUGCUUCAACUUCUGUCACAGCAUCAUGUGACUCGAUUAAUUCAGGGAUUUGACUCUGGCCUUCAACAAACAUUAGUUCAAUUGACAUUUCAUCAACUAGUCUGUUCUGAGGAGGGUGACCAUAUUGCUACUAGACUUAUAUCUGCUCUUAUGGAGUAUUAUACUGGUCCUGAUGGCAGGGGGACUGUAGAUGACAUUAGUAGGAGAUUGCGAGAUGGCUGCCCAAGUUACUAUAAGGAGUCUGAUUACAAAUUCUUCUUAGCUGUGGAAGCACUGGAGAGAGCUGCUACGACCAUAGAUGCCGAAGACAAGGAGAAUCUUGCGAGGGAAGCAUUUAAUUCCUUGAGUAAAGUUCCAGAAUCUGUUGACCUACGAACUGUUUGCAAGCGUUUUGAGGAUUUAAGAUUUUAUGAAGCUGUAGUGCGCUUACCUCUUCAAAAGGCACAGGCUCUUGACCCUGCAGGUGAUGCUUAUAAUGAUGAAAUUGAUGCAACUGUCAGAGAACAAGCACUUGCUCACCGUGAGCAGUGUUAUGAGAUAAUUAUCAGUGCCUUGCGAUCUCUGAAAGGUGACACCUUGCAGAAGGAAUUUGGCUCUCCCAUGAAUUCAACUGUUUCACAAUCUGCCCUUGAUCCAUCCUCAAGGAAGAAAUAUAUAUGUCAAAUUGUUCAACUGGGUGUCCAAUCUCCAGACAGAAUUUUCCAUGAGUAUCUUUACCAGGCUAUGAUUGAUCUAGGUCUUGAAAAUGAAUUGCUAGAGUAUGGGGGUCCUGACCUGUUGCCAUUUUUGCAACAUGCUGGUCGUAAACCUAUACAAGAGGUUCGUGCUGUCACUGCAACAACUUCUCCAAUGGGGCAAUCAGGAGCACCAAUGUCAACUAAUCAAGUCAAGUACUAUGAACUUUUGGCACGAUAUUAUGUCUUGAAACGCCAACAUAUGCUUGCAGCUCAUGCACUGCUUAGACUAGCUGAAAGGCGUUCAAUUGAUGGAGUUCCUACUCUUGAACAGAGGUGUCAAUACCUAAGUAAUGCAGUUCUACAGGCAAAAAAUGCAACUAGUAGUGAUGGGUUACUAGGUUCUGGUCGAAGUUCCAUUGACAGUGGGUUUCUAGAUUUGCUUGAAGGGAAGCUUGCAGUUCUCCGGUUCCAGAUAAAAAUCAAAGAAGAACUGGAGUCUAUGGCUUCUAGGUCUGAUGUUUUACCUAGCACGUCAGAUUCUGCUGAAAAUGGUGUAAUCCCUGAGGGUAGUUCUACUGCUGAUGCCAAUUUUGUAAAUGCAACAAGAGAGAAAGCAGAAGAGCUAGCUUCAGACGUUAAGAGUAUUACCCAGUUGUAUAAUGAAUAUGCCGUUCCCUUUGGGCUCUGGGAGAUAUGCCUGGAGAUGCUCUACUUUGCCAAUUAUUCUGGUGAUACUGACAGCAGCAUUGUCAGAGAGACGUGGGCUAGACUUAUUGAUCAAGCUAUAUCAAGAGGGGGCAUUGCUGAAGCUUGCUCGGUACUAAAGAGGGUUGGGCCCCGCCUUUAUCCUGGUGAUGGAGCUGUUUUACCACUUGACAUUAUUUGUCUUCACCUAGAGAAGGCUGGACUGGAGAGGUUGAAUUCAGGGGUCGAAGCCGUUGGAGAUGAAGAUGUUGCAAGAGCCCUUGUUUCUGCUUGUAAGGGUGCAGCUGAACCCGUAUUGAACGCAUAUGACCAAUUGUUGUCGAAUGGAGCUAUUUUGCCAUCCCCUAGUGUUAGAUUACGUAUGUUGAGAUCGGUUCUAGUGGUGCUUCGAGAGUGGGCAAUGUCUGCAUAUUCACAAAGGAUGGGUAGCAGUGCUGCUGGGCAUUCCUCCCUGAUACUAGGUGGAGGAUUCUCAUCGGAACGUGCCAUCGCUAGCCAAGGAAUUCGGGACAAGAUCACGAGUGCAGCAAACAGGUAUAUGACUGAAGUGCGGAGGUUAGCCCUUCCACAGAACCAAACAGAACACGUUUACCGAGGUUUCAAAGAACUUGAAGAAUCGUUUAUAAGCCAACAUUCAUUUGAUAGAUUUUGAUGUUUGUUGCAAUAUAUAGUGUUGUAUCAUUGUUCUUGUCAUAAUUAUUUUCAAAUAAGAAGAUUUUAAUUUUUCAUAUUGGAUGUGAUCAUGUGAUUCUUUUUAA